GGUGACGGCCAUUUCAUACGACGCUCGGUGUACAUUUGGAUAUAUCGUUUAACGGCUAGCUCGUAGGAUUGCCUGUCCGAAGGUGAGCGAGGACCGGCUUCUGGUAAUAAUGAAGACGGACGAUAAUCAGGCACAAAACAAUGACGACAGGGAUAGAAGCAGAGAACGCGACCGUAAUCGAAGGUCAGACAGACCAAACCGUAUAAACUCGGCCAGUCGCGAUCGCAGUAGAGAUAGAAACGAUCGCGGCAGGAAGGCCUCUGAACGGCGAAUUUAUGUUUCCAACAUUCCUUACGAUUUUCGUUGGCAAGAUCUUAAGGAUUUAUUUAGAACCGAGGUUGGUAAGGUAGCGCAUGUGGAGCUCUUUACGGAUGAGAAUGAUAAGCCUAGAGGAUGCGGGAUAGUGGAGUUCGAAGAUUCGGACUCGGUGAAGAUAGCGGUGGAAAAGAUGCACCGAUAUGACAUCAAAGGGAGGAAGCUUGUUGUUAAAGAAGAUUUUGAUGUAGAACGUGACAAAUACGGCCGUUUAGCAACAGGUCGUAACAAUGAUAGAAAUCGUGAUGACAGAUUUAGAGAUCCUCCAAGACCACAAGGAGGCGGAAGACAAAAUAUGUCUGCACCUAGCGGUGGCGGAGGCGGUGGCGGCGGUGGCGGUGGUGGCGGCGGUGGUGGCGGUGGCGGCGGUGGCGGAGGUGGAGACAAUAAAUUUGGAAACACCUAUGGUCUUAGUACACAAUUUUUAGAAUCUUUAGGCAUCAAUGGUCCUUUGGUCACAAGAGUCUUCGUCGCUAACCUGGACUACAAAGUUGACGAGAAGAAGCUACUUGAAGUUUUUAAAUUGGCUGGAAAAGUGUUGCACGUUGAAUUGGGAAAAGAUAAGGAUGGUAAAUCAAGGGGUUUUGGAGUCGUUGAAUAUGAUCAUCCGGUAGAAUCGGUACAAGCCAUUUCGAUGCUUCAUAACCAACAGUUAUACGAUAGGCGUAUGACCGUUAGACUUGACAGAGCUAAUGAACCUGAUAUGCCACCUAAAUUACCAGAAGGUUUGAAGGGUAUCGGCAUGGGACUUGGAGCCGGUGGUAACAGAUUAUUAGAUGUUGCUAGAAAUAUUCCUAAUGUGCAAGCAAACAAUCCACCAGUGGUAAAUCCAAUCUCAGCGCCUGUCUUAGCUGCGGGCGCUUUCGGCGCCGGUUUGAACAAUGUUGUACCUGCGCAAUUAGCAUCGGCUUUGUCAAACACGAAUGCAGCAGCCCUUCAAGCUAGUCUUGCCGGCGCUGGUUUAGGUGCUAAUCUCACCACAAGCUCACUGCUGAAUUCCUCAUUGACGAGUGAAUUAGCAUCAAAUUUGAAUAACUUUGGAGGCGGAGUUGGUAGCUUAAGCGGUUUACAGGCUUCUUUGGCUGGUGGACAAGGGAAUAAUACGUUCACGCCGCGUGGAUUAUCCAAAUUGGAUAACGAUAUAGGAUUUGGUAGUAACAAUGCCUUUGGUGGCUCUAAUUUCGGCGGCGGCGGUAGAGAUUUCGAUGGAGGAUUUAACAGAGGGGACGGUGAUCGUGUUUCUGGUGGCGGCGGUGGGUUUUCUGGCAACCAGGGCCAAAGCGGUGGCGGUAAUCGACAGAACUCCAACGGCUCAAGACAGAUGUCAGAUACUAUACUUAUAGGCAACCUACCUCCAAACACUACAUGGCAGAUGUUGCGUGAUAAGUUCCAGGACGCCGGAGAGGUAAAAUUCGCGGAAAUGAGAGGUGCCGACAUGGGCAUGGUACGGUUCGCAUCUGAAUGGGAUGCUGAGCGUGCUGUGACUAUGAUGAAUCGAUCGCGUAUUGAUGGCAGAACAAUUGAUGUGCGUCUCUAUUAAGAAUGGAAGGAUAAGCCUCGAGGGAUUCAAGAUCACGAUCGAGAAAACAUCUGUUCCAAAAUGUGACAAUGACAGGUAAGUUUUAAUAGCUGACAAUCACUUCACGCUUAUGUUUUUUUUCCAGGGAAACUAUUACGUUUGUGGCUGCGUUCCACGAUUCACUGUGAGUACUGAAAAUCUAUAGUAUACGUAACGUAAACUAUAGAUUUUCAGUACUUGUGAGUAACGGAACAUAGCUUGUAUUUGUGAGUCGUGCGAAAUAAAAAAAGAAUGAAUUGUCAAAUCAUAUUUUCAAUUACAGCUGUAUUUCUUCAUUUACCUAUACAUUAUAAAAUAGCUUUCGAUACGCGAGGGGUAAGUGUAAGGAUUACUAUCUUUGUGGAAAAUCGCGUAACGCGACGUCCUGUAAUAUUACAAUGAUGCAGUUAAUAGUUCGGACGCGAGUAAAUGUGCCAGUAACGGGAUCAUUGGCUCAAACGAAACAUGUAAAACGUAUAUAAAAUUGCAUAAUAACGGUAAAUACGGGUACGUAAUUCGUACGUGUAAAUUAGUCUUAAUGCUACAAACAGUACUGCGACAAUCGUGUUCAUGUUUAGCGCAAGAAGUGCACUGUUCAACAGCUCUCAAAAGAAAAAGGCACCUUAAACAUCACACGCCCGUUUAUAUAUAUGUUGUAUAUAUUUAUAUAUAAUUAUGUAGAGACGUGUCUUUUCUCUACAGACUAUGUAUACAUGGAUUAUCACAUUUCAAAUAAAAGUAUGAAUGCGCACAAUUUUAUAACUUGUGCGAAUAAUAUAUAAAAUCAUCCGAUCACUAUUGCUCUCGUUGGAAUAUUAAUGAUUAGCAAACUGAAGUAACUCGUGUGAUGUGUUCGAAGUGUGUUGAAAUAAGAGACAAACGUAACAUACUACAAUUUUACAUUUCACGCUUUAUUCAUAUAUUUAAGAGAACAUAAUUUUAUACAUGUGAAAAAUGUUGAAAAACAAAAUUGUAGUAUGCUAAAUGUAGAAUUACAUCAUUCAUUGUUCACAGUGUCAGAAAACUUUUAUUACAAAUAUCCAUGUUUCUCUCUUUAUUUGUUUAUACAGCAAGGUAAAAAGUCACUUUUCUAAGAUAACACACUUGAAUUUAACGUACAUUUAUGUUAUCUAGUAUUAUCAAUAUAUUAUGUAUAUAUAUAUAUAUAUAAUAUGGCUUGCGCGGGGUUUAUGUAUAAGGGAGAGGCCUAAUUAGCCAAGUUCGCAAUAAUAAGAUCACAAUGUUUGCAUUAUCACUUUGUUGCAAUACCAAUAUUCAUCUAACUCAUUCAUCAAAAUUAAAAAACCUCUUUUUCGUAUCAUCACACAUUGAUACUAAAGAGAUCUAUUAAAAUAUGUCGUUAAUUAAUCUCAGUCUAACAAAAAUAAUGGCAAGCAAGGGUUUAAGUAAAAAUGCUUGUAAAUCAAUUUUACUUCGAUAAAAA